UAGUUGCAACAGUCAACAGUUAGUUGGAUUAGUCAACAGUCGCUAACUGGCAUACACACAGUUGAAGUGUAAACAUAAGCGCUAUCAUUAUCAUAUUGAGGUUACUUUCUUAUCAGCCGAUAAGUGUGAGACUACCAAAUAUUUGGAACUUGUGCUAUCCCCAAAUGGUAUUUGUGUCCAGGUCUGCCAGUUUUAUUCGGGAGCUUCCAGCAGUGUGUGUCAUUUAAAGCGAGCAGUCAUCGAUUUCUAUUAGCCACAACAACAAAAAUAAAAUAAAAGCCCAAAAAAUGUAUCAUUACCAACAAGGCGACAACAAUGGCGUCUACCCGGACGCGGAGGCGGAUAAGAGUUUCGCCUUUGAUGAUCAGUCCAUUCGUAAGGGAUUUAUACGCAAGGUAUACCUCAUCCUGAUGAUGCAAUUGCUGAUCACCUUUGGAUUUGUGUGUCUUUUUACCUUCUCGAAGGCCACGCAGGAGUGGGUACAGCAUAACCCUGCACUCCUCUGGAUUGCACUGGCAGUGCUUAUUGUGACAAUGAUCUGCAUGGCCUGCUGCGAGGGUGUGAGAAGAAAAACGCCGCUCAAUUUCAUCUUUCUCUUUCUGUUCACGCUGGCCGAGUCCUUCCUCUUGGGCAUCGUUGCCGGACAGUACGAGGCGGAUGAAGUGCUCAUGGCUGUGGGAAUCACAGCGGCUGUUAGCCUUGGAUUAACCCUGUUUGCCCUCCAAACCAAAUAUGACUUUACCAUGUGCGGCGGAGUCUUGGUUGCCUGUUUGGUGGUCUUCAUUAUCUUUGGAAUCAUCGCCAUCUUCAUUCCCGGCCAAAUCAUUGGCCUGGUCUAUGCAUCUUUGGGUGCACUGCUCUUCUCCGUGUAUCUGGUGUACGAUACACAGCUCAUGCUGGGAGGCAACCACAAGUACUCGAUUAGUCCCGAGGAGUACAUCUUUGCCGCACUCAACCUGUAUCUGGACAUUAUCAACAUCUUUAUGUACAUUCUGUCCAUCAUUGGCCUGGCCCGUAGAUAAAUUCGACUAGUCUACUAAUAUAUGUCGAAGUCUAGAAAUAUUUAUUAUAUAAUACGAGUAUAACUGAGAUUACGUGUUGGAUUUUGUUCAAGAAAUACACAAUAACAAGUGACUUAUGCACUAUGACUAUUCCCAGUGA